AUGUGGUUCUCCCAAGAGAAAGUCACACUUGCCGCGAUCGUCAAGCAAGACAAUUCUCCCAAGAGAAAGCCGCACUUGCCGCGAUCCUCAAGCAAGGCAGUUCUCCCAAGAGAAAGCCGCACUUGCUGCGAUCCUCAAGCAAGGCAGUUCUCCCAAGAGAAAUUCGCACUUGCCGCGAUCGUCAAGCAAGGCAAUUCUCCCAAAAGAAAGCCGCACUUGCCACGAUCCUCAAGCAAGGCAGUUCUCCCAAGAGAAAGCCGCACUUGCCGCUAUCCUCAAGCAAUGCAGUUCUCCCAAGAGAAAGCGGCACUUGCAGUGAUCCUCAAGCAACACAGUUCUCCUAAGAGAAAGCCAGAAAGCCGCAGUUGCCGCGAUCCUCAAGCAACGCAGUCUCCCAAGAGAAAGUCACACUUGCAGCGAUCGUCUCCCAAGCAAGGCAUCUCCUUAAGAGAAAGUCGCACUUGCCGUGAUCUCAAGCAAGGCAGUUCUCCCAAGAGAAAGCCGCACUUGCCGCUAUCCUCAAGCAAGGCAGUUCUCCAAAGAGAAAGCGGCACUUGCAGCGAUCCUCAGGCAAUGCAGUUCUCCGAAGAGAAAGCUGCACUUGCCGUGACCUUCAAGAAAGGCAGUUCUACCAAGAGAAAGCCGCACUUGCCGCAACCUUCAAGAAAGGCAGUUCUCCCAAGAGAAAGCCGCAUUUGCCGCGAUCCUCAGCAAGGCAGUUCUCCCAAGAGAAACUAG